AUGUCAUUCCACCUCCUUGCCUCCUUUUUAAUUCCUCAUCUAUCAUCAUUAAACACCGCAAUUGAAAACCCCAAACCAAAGCCAAAACCAAAAGCUGCAAUAAUCGACACCACCGGCUCCUUCCCACUCCCUCUCCUCGCGAAAGUGUUGAAAUCACGGAUCCUUGAAGAUCGCUCCGUGGACGGAGUCAACGAUGAUAGGCGAGGGGGAAAUGCCCUGGAAGAAGCAGUACAGCUAUGCCUUGAGAUGGUUACUAUUAGUCGGGUUUUUGACGUGGAGGGUCUCUUAGAAGUUUUAGAUGAGAUUGAACGAGGCAAUCAACCAAACGGAGUUUACGAAGCUACCAGCCAGGAGCAGCCGGGGAGAUCUCUAGAGAUAUCCGACAGCCAAGAUGAAAGCCUUAGCCCUGCAGCUACAUCGCCACGACGAACCACCCCCUCGACAGGAGAAGGAAGUAUAGAGGUUAUCAUUGUGGAUAACAUGACUCAAAUCAUCAAUGAGUUAUUCCCCAGACGAGAAAAAUCAAACGUAUAUACCCUUCUCGAUUCACUCUCCCUAGCUCUCCACACCCUAUCUCGAAAACAAAACAUAUUAACGCUUCUCCACAACUCCGCCGUCGAUAUCAACUCCUACCACCCUCAACACCAGAAGCCACAGGCCAAUAAAAACCCCCUGCCACCACCACCCACACCCUCGGUAUUCCGAUCUAAUCCCCGUAAACCAGCCCUUGGGAAGCUCUUUGAGCAAUUCCCGCAACUCCACAUUUUCAUCUCCGCUUUGCCUAUGAGGAGGCGGGACGCGGAGAUUCUCUAUGGUGGUGAAAAAGAUGAGGAGGAUGUGAGGCUAUGUUGGGUGAUUGAGGUUUUGAAGGAUGAGUGCCCGAAACUAAACCUCCUUGGCAUGGGGAAUAAAAAAGCUACGGGGAGGGGCGACGAGUUUGGUGGCAGGGAGGGCAUGUGGAUGCCGGUAGAUAUUGCGGGUGGGGUAAGAUUUGUACCUGCGUUUGCGGAGGGAGGAGGGCUGGGUGCGUGA